AUGACCAAAGACCCUCGUCAAAGACCUGCAGUCAGCGUGCCUCCCCAAUCAAGUGAAGCCAGUGCCCCUCAAGCGACGAUUGAACCCGCCGAGCCCGUACGUGUACUGAGUAGCGGCGUUCCCGCCCCGCCAGGUUCGGACGUCUCGGCCAUUUCGUCGACGAACCCAUUCAGUUUUCCGGACUACGUUGCGCCGGAGUUGGAGGCAACCACCUUGAGCAAGGAUGAGAUGCCACGGGGUUCUCCCGAGCCUAUGGAGCUAGACGAGUCUGAAGGAGCCGAUGCUACCAAGACCGACUGGGACGGGUUCGUGAGAACGCUCUCAGAAGCCAUUCGGCUGUCAACAGAGGAGCGUGCGCUCAACGAGACCAAGAAACAGCUCGACGAGACCAUGCAUCGCCUCCAGCAGUACCCUGUGGAGGGUCUCCCAGCACCGUCCCCGUACGAAGAGGAGCGACAAGAAAAGAUCUCUGAGAUCCGCGUAUCCGAAGCGUCGAUCAGAAGGUGGAUGGCACAGGUGCCCGCGGUCGUAGAGAGUUCUAAAGCGAACAUCCAAAUCCUCGAGCAGAAGAAGCAGGAGAUCGUCAAGCAGAAAAAACGCAUAGAGGAAGAGGAACGCGUAGCCGCAGCAGCCGCCGCGGCCGUUGAAGCCGCAGCCAAACCGCUCCGCGACCUUUUUGACGCAAUUCAGAAGACGAGCAAGAAGGUUUCCGAGAACAUGUUCGAUCUCGAGAGCUAUUACGCCGAGCUUCGUGAAACGCCAAUCAAACCAGGGGACGCUAUCAACGACGCUCUCGUUGAACGUAACAUUGUCCAGCCCGGCCAGCCACCACGUUUUGGCAAAUCGAGCGAAGAACUUGUGCCGGAGAUCGCAUAUCUGGCACAGAUGAUCGACGAGAACGAAGAGAAGCUUCAGAUCGGUUUGCAGCAGGUGAAGGAGCUCCGAGAGUACAACGUCAUUCUUGAGAGGACAUUCCAUAGCCUGGCGGCCGACAACGCAGACCUGACUGCGAUGUUGCAGCAGCUCACUGCGCACAAUAAUGAGAUGGCGGAACGCGCAGACAAGAACGAGGAAGUGCUGCGGGCGCUCCGCACCGAGCUUGCAGCUGCACAAACAUCGACCCCUAUGGCUCCGGUUGGACCAACCCCCGAGGACGUCAUGCAAGAAGUUCUCCGCGUGGUGCUGCCCGAGAUAAAAGAGUCGUUGUCCAAAGCGCUCAUGGCACUCAAGUCUGGCGUGGAAGGCACACUCCUCUCCAAUCAGACAGAUCUUUGCUCUCUGCUCAUGGAAACUGUUCCGCCCAUGACACGCACGGUCGGGGUCUUGAAGCGGUACUUGGAUGAAGAGGUCAUUCGCAACCCCGCUCUUCAUGCACAGACAAUCGUACCGCCCAUUCCUCCAGUCCCUACGUGGCCUGCUCAGAGCGCCCAACACUGA